AUUAUUUCCCCAUCAGCGAGGAUCAAAAUAUACAUUUAUGUAUAUAUUUGGGACAAGAAUCAGAUUUGGAAAAUACCAGCGUGAUCGUCUCGGCCUCUUGUUUUACAAGGGAACACUAUUUUAAAUUCGUGUAUGACUCCUACAGCCACCACGUGCUCUUUGAUGUCUCAUCAUCGCUCACUUUUUUUCAUGACCACAAACUUGCUUUAUAAUCCCAACCUCCGUGAAACCACCAGUUGGAAACUGUGGCUUUCCCCCCCUCUUGAUCGCCUUGACCACAAUUUGGAUUAGAAUUUUUUGUCCCCAAAGACUUACAUUUGGAAUAUAUUAAUAGUUGCAGGAAGAAUAACUGGCCUUCCUGAAAAAAGAAAACUUCUUUAUUUAAAAGGAGAGAGAGAACGAAAAAAAUAAAGAAAGUGGACUGGAUUGAGUGACAAUAACUGGACAGAUUGACUGUUUGUGGCUACUGUAAGCCCCUAAUCAAAGUGUUGUGAUGCGUAUUCCCGUAGAUCCCACUACGAGCCGGCGCUUUACUCCACCGUCCACCACAUUACCAGCAUCGGGAAAGAUGAGCGAUGUGAGCGGGAUGGUCCCUCACCAGGAGCCCGGGCCCGGAGUGGGAACAGCCGGGGCAGCAGCUGCGGCGGCGCUUGGCAGGUCUCUGAUUCGACCUCAUGAGAACCGAACCAUGGUGGAUAUCAUUGCCGAUCAUCCGGCAGAGCUGGUCCGGACUGACAGCCCUAACUUCCUCUGCUCUGUCUUACCGUCCCACUGGAGGUGUAAUAAAACACUGCCCGUGGCAUUCAAGGUGGUAGCCUUGGGGGAUGUUCCUGACGGCACUGUGGUCACCGUUAUGGCCGGCAAUGAUGAGAAUUAUUCGGCUGAACUCCGCAACGCCUCGGCAGUAAUGAAAAACCAAGUGGCUCGUUUCAAUGAUUUGCGUUUCGUGGGCCGAAGUGGAAGGGGUAAAAGUUUUACAUUGACAAUUACAGUAUUCACAAACCCACCUCAAGUGGCCACUUAUCACAGAGCUAUAAAAGUUACAGUGGAUGGGCCAAGAGAACCAAGAAGACACAGACAGAAGCCUGAAGACCAGCCCAAAGUUGGAUUAUUCUCAGAACGUCUCAGUGAGUUGGAACGCCUUCGCCAAACUGCAAUGUCAGUGGGUGCCACAACACGGAGUCCUCGUCCUUCUCUCAAUCCUGCAUCAGCUCCUUUCAGUCCUCAGACAACACCUCAGAUUGCAGACCCCAGGCAGGCCCAGUCAUCACCACCAUGGUCAUAUGAUCAGUCAUACCCACCCUAUCUGAGUCAGAUGACUUCACCUUCCAUACAUUCCACAACCCCUCUCUCCUCCACCCGUGCCACAGGGCUUCCUGCAAUCACUGCUGACGUGCCAAGACGACUUUCAGGUGCUACAGAUCUUGGUCCCUUCUCUGACCCACGGCAAUUUGGUCUUUCUUCCCUCACAGAGAGCCGUUUCUCAAAUCCUCGAAUGCACUACCCAGCUGCCUUCACCUAUACACCAACUCCAGUUACAACUGGCAUGUCUUUGGGUAUGUCUGCAGCUACACAUUAUCAUACCUACCUACCACCACCAUAUCCUGGCUCAUCCCCAAAUCAAAGUGGACCCUUCCAGACCAGCAGUGCACCUUAUCUCUACUAUGGCGCCUCUUCUGGAUCUUACCAAUUCUCCAUGGUGGCAGGGGGAGAACGCUCACCUUCCAGAAUGUUGCCACCUUGCACCAGUGCAUCAACUGGUAGUACACUUCUUAAUCCCAACUUGCCCAACCAAAAUGAUGCUGUCGAUACUGAUGCUAGCCAUAGCAAUUCUCCCACUGUGUUGACUUCCACUGGGAGGAUUGAUGAAUCCGUCUGGAGACCCUACUGACUCUGAAUACUUAACAAGUCAUCAUUUAAAUAGUGCCUAUUAUGCAGUUUUUAACUGGAAGAACAUCUUAUCAUAAUAAGACUGUUGAGUGAAAGAACUGAUGCAGUAUUUGAAGAUGUUUCUGUACUGUUCAAGAUAUGCACAUAACAUUGCUUUUUUUUUAUAAGUUCUUGAGUAAAUUUGUUAUCUUGUUCAAAUAAAUGAAGAACUUCAAGGUACUCAGCAAAACCAUCUUAUUUUAGAAAGAUAGCUUUCCCAGUGUGCAAAUUGCAGUAAUUUAUAAACAAUUAUUUGAACAAUAUUGAAAAUGGCAAGAAAUGUGGCGAAAAAGCAAGAAGAAUAUGAGGACUCUAAGCUUAAGAAGAUGAAAAGUCCUCCAAGAAAUGGUUACCCACUUUAAGUUUUUUAAUUAAAUCGUCUAUGAGGGAACAUAGUUGACUAUUAGAAUAGUUGUAACAGAAAUGUACAUGUAUGCACUCAGUUGUAACUGUGCAGAGGGGUAGAAUUUUUCUUUAUUGAUUUCUUGACAAAUCCCCUUUAAAUGUAAUUGAAAGUUAAUUCUUUUCUAAGUGCCGUUUACCCAAGAAUGCCUGUUAAUUGAAUGUUUACUGCAGAUUUCAAAAGGACUGUCUUUUUUUUUCAUUCUUUAUGUUUUUGAGUAUGUUUCAAACAAAUGGUUUCCAGUUUAAAACGAGGUAAAUGCCAUCUGGCUUGGAGCAAUCUCACUCUACUUCAGUGUCAUUAAUGUUUCUAUUAACUAUUGUUUACUCAAUAAUUGAAAGAUUCUUCCUGGUGACAUAGCGACAUUAAAAUAGUAAUGUCUACUGCAGCAUCAUUUCAGUUUAGUACCUUUAGCUGUCUAAAUACUUGAAAAAGGUGGCAGUUAUUAAUAUUAAUCUUGUUGUGAUCUACUCAAAUGGGUUACCUUAAUUAUAAAGUACAUAGCUGACUCAGUGGUAUCAACAAAGGAAGAAAAUGUUCUGUUUCAAGCAGAUGUGCUUAAUCAAAAAUUUGUUCUCAAAGACAAUGCCUCAACAAGUUCUUCAUGUGAUCUGAUACUUCAUUAUCUUUAAAAAAAGCAAAUUCCGUAACUUUCACUGAAUAGUUAAUGUAGUUUUCAGUCAUAGCAGCAUUAACUAGAUUUACAUGAGCAGGAGCUAGUGGGGAUUUAGUUGAUUCACUAUUUUACUGAAAAUCAGUUGACAUUUAUUGAUCUGCUCUGACACCUACAGUUGUAUCUUCUUAAAAAAAUUAGAGAAAUAACAUUAUGCAAAAUCUGCUUGCCUUCAAGUACAAAUAAAAUGACACAGUUAAGUACUGUCUACUCUUCAUAAUUAUUUCCUUGAGAUCCACUCUAAAUAAGUAUUAAAGAAAUUGAAAUUCGUUCUUUUUUUCAUCUCAUGUCUAACUCUCAGUCUUGAGACCUUCUAUUGGUUCAGCUUUUAUUAAGGCAAGUGGAGAUGUGUCAAUACUAAAGAAUCUGCCAUGAUUCAUAGUAACGAAGGUACUUGAGAUGUAAGUCUUUAAAUCUGAUAGAUACAAUACUCGGGAAUAUUACACUUGGAAAUGUGUUUCUGAGUAUAAUUUAAAAGCACAAAAUUCAUGAGGGGUACAUGAAUUCAAUAUCUACAUAUCCUAAUGUUUCUUUAAAUUUCAAAUGAUUUGUUCUAUUCUAAAAUUUAGACAUUACUAUUUUAUGUAUUAAAUAAAGUCAAAUAUUUUUCAAUAUUUAGAUAUAGUACGUUUUUUUUACUGAAAAUUUCUCUUGUGUGAAGCAUGCUUUUGUGGACCCAAGGUUCAAUAUGGCCAAUUUACAUUAAAGCUGGACAACUUUAUUGAUAUUAUUUAUUGCAAGUGGUAGCUUGAAGCAAACCACUAGUCUACAUUUAUGUAUCUGUACAGGUAAUGAGUUCAGGAGUUUUCAACAGAACUUGAGAAAGCAGGUGUCAGGUUACACAACUCAAGGUCGAACUAGUCAAGUCUUACUGCCGGU